AUGCGCCGCGCCAGCCGAGACUACACCAAGUACCUGCGCGGCCCCGACGACAUGGGCGGCGGCGGCUCCGGAGUCGCCCUGUUCCUCUACUUCCGAGCGCAGAUGGAUCCUAACAGAAUAUCAGAAGACGGCACUCACUGCAUUUAUAGAAUUUUGAGACUCCAUGAAAAUGCAGAUUUGAAAGAUACAACUCUGGAGAGUCAAGACACAAAAUUAAUACCUGACUCUUGUAGGAGAAUUAAACAAGCCUUUCAAGGAGCUGUGCAAAAGGAGUUACAACAUAUUGUGGGAUCCCAACAUAUCAGAGCAGAGAAAGCUAUGGUGGACAGUACGUGGUUAGAUGUGACGAGGAGGGGCAAGCCUGAAACUCAGCCUUUUGCACAUCUCACCAUUAAUGCCACUGAUAUCCCAUCAGGUUCCCAUAAAGUGAGUCUGUCUUCAUGGUACCAUGACCGAGGUUGGGCAAAAAUCUCCAACAUGACGUUUAGCAAUGGAAAACUCAUAGUUAACCAAGACGGCUUUUAUUACCUGUAUGCCAACAUUUGCUUUCGACAUCAUGAGACUUCAGGAGACCUAGCUAAAGAGUAUCUUCAGCUGAUGGUGUAUGUCACGAAAACCAGCAUCAAAAUCCCAAGUUCUCAUACCCUCAUGAAAGGAGGAAGCACCAAAUAUUGGUCAGGAAAUUCAGAAUUCCACUUUUAUUCCAUAAAUGUCGGAGGAUUUUUUAAGCUACGAUCUGGUGAGGAAAUAAGCAUUGAGGUAUCCAACCCAUCCCUACUGGACCCAGAUCAAGAUGCAACAUACUUUGGGGCUUUUAAAGUUCGUGAUAUAGAUUGAGCCCCAUUUUGUGGAGCAUUAUCAUAUAUUUCUGUUUGGAGACUUUUUUUUCCUUUAAAAAAAAAAAAAGGCUGAGAAAGAUGUAUAUAGGUGUAUAGGUGUGUGAGACUACUAAGAGGCAUGGUCCACAAUGGUACAAGACUCAUUAUCCAUGCUUUUGCCCUGCAGAGAGUAUGCAAACCUACACCCAAUGGGAGAUAUUUGACUCAUGUCAUGCUACACAAUGGUUUUCAAAUUUUGUAAUGAAUUCCUAGAAUUAAACCAGAUUGG